AAAGAAGGUUAUGGAUCUAAGCAAAAUAGGGUUCCGGCGCAGCGGAGGCGAUGAAGGACCCCUUCGAGGCGGCGGUGGAGGAGCAAGAGUCCCCGCCGGAGUCGCCGCUCCCGCCUGAGGAGGAUGCGGGCGCCGGCGCCGGCGCGGCCGCCGGCGACGGUGACGAGGACGAGAUCGACGCCGCCUCGCAGCUUCCGGCGCCCUCCUCCGCCACGCCUCCGUUGUCGUCCUUCGCCGCCGCCGCCGGCGGCGGCGGCGGCGGAGGCGGAGGAGGGAGGGGAAGGGAGGACGAGGAUGAGGAGGAGGAGGAGAACAUGGAGGUGGAGCUCGACAAGAUCCCCUCCGGCGGAGACCCCGACAAGUUGGCCAAGAUGCAGAAAGUCCUGUCUAAAUUUACAGAGGGGCAAAUGAGUCGAUAUGAAUCAUUUCGACGAUCUGGAUUUCAGAAAGCUAAUAUGAGAAAGCUAUUGACAAGCAUCACGGGGAGUCAAAAAAUUUCUGUACCAACCACUAUCGUUGUGUCAGGAAUAGCAAAAUUGUUUGUUGGAGAGCUCAUUGAGACAGCUAGAGUAGUUAUGACCGAGCGAAAGGACAGCGGCCCCAUCAGGCCUUGCCAUAUUAGAGAAGCAUAUAGAAGGAUGAAGCUCGAAGGGAAAAUACCUAGACGAUCCAUUCCGAGGCUUUUCCGGUAAAAUGUAUCCGACGCAAUCAAGCGAACUACUCGGGGAGUAUUCCGAAGAAAUAGUAGUGAGUGGGUGACUUAAGGGUUUUGUUUUGUAAAGACUACUCUAAGAAAGGAAAUCAAGACAUAGUUAACGCGCAUAUUUGUAUAUUCAAGUUGAGAGAUUCCUCUUGGUAGGAGCUGAUUUGAUUUGUUGAUGAUGCUCAAACGAAACUUCAAUCUUACCAUUUGUAUCUUGAUCUUAGGCCCGAAUUAUGAUGUUCAUAAUGGUUCUUGUAUCAAUGGCAAUUAUUUCAUGUGAAGUUUCUUCUUAA